CCAAACAUGGCGGACUGAGCAAAGGCCGAGUUCCACUGACAGUUUAUUAUCUACUCACCUUCAUUUACACCGCGUCAGGUGGUCUGUAUCUUCUUGAAACACCUAAAUAUCAUAAGAAGCGUGCAUAUUAUAAAAGUUAGCUUCCAGAAUUUUAUUUCAUGCCCACGAGGCUUGCAAAAAAGCAAACAACUCCGAUUUGGAUAAAAUGGUCGUUCCUGAGCAGAAGCGAAAUCUUCCCUGGGUCGAAAAGUACAGACCCAACAGCUUAGAAGAUCUAAUCUCUCACAGAGAUAUCAUCACAACAAUCAAAAGAUUUAUUGAGGAAGAUCGAUUGCCCCAUCUUUUAUUCUAUGGUCCACCUGGAACUGGGAAGACCUCAACUAUAUUAGCUGUUGCUAAACAGAUCUACUCUGCACGAGAGUUUAACUCUAUGGUUCUUGAGCUGAAUGCUUCAGAUGAUAGAGGUAUUGGUAUUGUUCGAGGGGCCGUCUUAAACUUUGCAAGUACAAGAACAAUUUUUAAAUCUGGUUUUAAAAUUGUAAUUUUGGAUGAAGCAGAUGCUAUGACUCAGGAUGCGCAGAAUGCCUUACGAAGAGUAAUGGAGAAAUUUACAGAGAACACCAGAUUCUGUUUGAUCUGUAAUUACCUGACAAAGAUUAUUCCAGCUCUCCAGUCUCGUUGUACAAGGUUUAGAUUUGGACCUCUUGAUAAUGAACAGAUGAAGAGUAGAUUGGAACAUGUCAUCAAAACUGAAGGAGUGCAAGUUUCUGAUGACGGAAUGAAAAGCCUGAUCAGACUGGCAAACGGUGACAUGAGAAAAGCUUUAAACAUUCUUCAGAGCACCUCCAUGGCUUUUAGCACUGUUGAUGAAGUGAAUGUUUACACUUGUACAGGACAACCUCUGAGAUCAGACAUUGCUAACAUAGUAGAGUGGAUGCUAAAUGAGGACUUCAAUACUGCCUAUAGUAAUAUAACAGAACUCAAAACUCUGAAAGGACUUGCACUUCAAGACAUUCUCACAGAAGUACACCUGUAUGUUCAUAGAGUUAACUUUCCACAGAAAAUCCGAAUUCACUUGUUGGAAAAAAUGGCAGAUGUUGAAUACCGUCUAGCGGCUGGAACCUCAGAGAAGAUUCAACUCAGUUCACUGACAGCAGCUUUCCAAGUAGCCAGGGAUAUGGUUACUCCUGACUCAUAGAAAACAGAAUUUUUUGCAUUCAAGGUUCUCACAAGUCCCAGCAAUGCCUUUAGGGUUGAUUGGGGAAAGAAACGUAUGCGCAUAAACAUGUAAUUAUGAUAAAAAAAAUCUCAUUCCCCACUAGUAAUACAGUUGUGUAGGAACCCCCUUGACUCAAACUCUCCCUACACCAUGUGGGGUUAUCAAGAUGAAGUAAUAAGGACUGUGUGUUACUGUCAAUAGGCAAAAAACACUAUUAACUCUGUAGAGAAGGUAUUAUUCAAUGUAAAGGAUCGGAAAAUAGUUGUGCACCUUCACUGUACAUGUUUAUUUACAUGUAAAUGCAUUUAAUUAUAUGCUCCCUGGUAAAGAUAGCAUUAAAAUUUGUCACAUA